AUGGCGUCAAAGAUAUGGCUUUCACCUUUAACCCCGGAUAGAAUUGUGACGAUGAAUCGAGUGAUUUUCGCUUUUCUGAUGCUAUUCGGACUGAUCGGGACAACGUGUCCGCCACCACCUCAGCCAACGAUCGGCUAUGAUCCAUCAUUUGGCAACGGAGCCUACUCGUUCGCUUUUAACGCUGUGUACGAAGUGGGCCCGACGGGAUGUCCAAGUGGGACCACUUGCUACAACGGGUCGGUUAACGAGUAUUGUUUUGAGAAAUGCGAUGCUCUUCCAUUCAAGAGCACUCUGAAGAUUGUUGGACAGCCAUCAUUUCGAAGCAGCUGUUCAUCGAGUGGCAACAAAUGCUAUUUGACGCCUCGUCCCGAGAGGGGAACACAGACUAUCGAAUGUUAUGCC